UCUUGCCUGGCCCAAAACAACUUGUUGAGCACCAGAAGCAGCCAGCGCAGCGCCCGCUUUGUUGGUCCACGCACACGCACUUAUAGGGACUCACACGUCACCAGGUUGAAGCAGUCCCACCCACUAGCUCAAGAACAAAAGCCCAAGAUGCGCCAGCUGAAGGGAAAGGUCAAGGAGACGCGGAAGCAGAAGAAGGAGCGCAAGCUGGACAACCUCGAGAGCCAGGCGAAAAUCCGGACCGUGGUUCUGCCGGCGGUGGGCGUUCUGGCGGUCUUUCUGGUGCUUUUCGUCUACCUGAAGACCCGCCCCGCGGUCCUGGCCUGACGGAAGGGAGCCUAGCCAUAAGUUGUCGCUGGUGCGGCGGGAAAGUGCAAUUGAUUUGAUGUUAGCACGCGUAGCUUUAGCAGUACCAUAAAUCGCAGUUCGUCCAAAUAA